CUGUUAAUAUCAUCUAUUCAACUGUAAAGAUAACUCAUCCCCAAUCUUCCGAUGUAUGAUUAACAUGUUCCCGUGCGAAUUGAUUACUAGUCAUUUUCUGAGCUGUGGUAAGAAGAGGUCCAUGAGCCAGGUGCUGGGCCCUGAGGUUAUUUUCAUUUCGCUUGCUAUUUGAACUAGGUAACUGGGAUGGUAGAGUAAGCCAGAAAGCUGUAGUGCCUUGGGAGCACCCCCUGCUUCCUUGUACCCAUCAUCAUUAUCCAUGAAGAUUGCAAAUUAAAAUUUUCAGUAACAAAACAUAUGUGUCAUUAUUUUAAUGUGGGUUCACUCUUCACUGAUUCAUCAAGCAACAAAAAAACAACUUUUAAAAACAAAUACUUUUCACCGUUCCCCAAUACCUCAUAUUUUUCAAUGUAUCUCUUACUGUGAAAUUGCUUCACGAACGAAUAAACAGGAAUUUUUCAGUUAAUAGUGAGAGAUUUUUGAGUAUCUAUUUGAAUUAUUCAUCCAGGAAAAUAAUUCAUAUGUAAUGUCUACAAAAUUUUGAAACAUAUGGUUUGACAACCAUACAAAAGUUGGUUUGUAUUUUCUACCGGUUUGUGCAUCAGUUUUUGUAAUAAAAAUGCAAUAGAAAUGGAGGAUUUCAUCUGUUUUAAGGUAUGCCCUUUAAAAAUUGUCCAUGUAGUAAAAGAAUCGACAGCAGAAUAUCCUUGAAUGUUUUCUUUUAAAAAUUGACACCGUUUCACCCAAGGAAACUGCAAACUGCCUGAUUCUCAAGAAGAAAAAAAACAAUAGAGUUUGAAGUGAUCAUUCUUCGCGUUUGUUAAAAAGCAUUUUGUGAUAUCAACCAUGGUGAAAGAGACUACGUACUAUGAUAUUUUGGGUGUGAAGCCAAACUGCACGACAGACGAGCUUAAAAAGGCCUAUAGAAAGCUGGCCUUGAAGUAUCACCCUGACAAAAAUCCAAACGAGGGAGAAAAGUUUAAAAUGAUUUCACAAGCAUAUGAAGUAUUGUCUACCCCUGAGAAGCGGCAAAUUUAUGAUGAGGGAGGUGAACAAGCUUUAAAAGAAGGAGUUGGAAGAGGUGGAUCGACUUUUUCGAACCCGAUGGACAUCUUUGACAUGUUCUUUGGGAACCCGUUUGCCAGUGGUGGGAGACGAAGGGAGAGAAGGGGAAAAAAUAUCGUCCAUCAAUUGUCGGUUACGCUCGAAGAACUUUACAACGGAGGCUUGAGAAAGUUUCAAGUCGAGAAGAACGUCAUUUGUGAAAAGUGUGAGGGAAGAGGCGGUAAGAAAGGCGCGUUGCAGACCUGCCCCAACUGCAACGGCACUGGUGUCCAUGUCCAAGUGCAGCAAUUCGGCGCAGGAUUGAUCCACCAGAUUCAGUCCGUCUGCCCCGAUUGCAAAGGUGAUGGGAAAAUAAUCAAACCUCAAGACUGCUGUGUUGUUUGCAAAGGAAAAAAAGUCGUACAUAUGAAAAAAAUUAUUGAAUUUCCCAUCGAAAAAGGGAUGUACGAUGACCAGAAGGUGGUCUUCUCAGGCGAGGGCAACCAAGAACCAGGUCUUGAACCUGGUGAUAUCGUUAUCGUAUUGGAAGAAAAAGAGCAUUCUAUUUUCAAAAGAUCAGGCAACGAUUUGGUCAUGCUCAUGAAACUGGAUCUCGUCGAAGCUUUAUGUGGUUUUCAAAAGGUCAUCAAGACAUUAGACGGAAGAAAUCUCCUUAUUACAUGCAUACCCGGUGAGAUAAUCAAACAUAAAGAAUUAAAGUGCAUAAUGGGCGAAGGGAUGCCACAGCACAAAAGCCCUUUUGACAAAGGGCGACUCAUUAUACAGUUCCAUGUCGUCUUUCCAGAACGACUCUCUCCGGAAAUCAUUCCCAAGUUGGAGAGCUGCCUUCCAAGACGUGUCGAACAGGUCAUACCUGACAGUGCUGAAGAGGCGCACAUGAUAGACAUGAACCCUGAUGAAGAAGCCAUGAAACAGAAUUACGGCUUCAGGAAUGCCUAUGAAGAAGAUCCCUCUGGGAUGAGAACAGUCCAAUGUAACGCCCACUAAAUUUGUAAUUAUAACAAGUUGAAACCCCAUUAAUGUUGGUUAUUUGAUAUCGGUGAAAAUGUAGAUUUUCGAAAUUGCUUCCAAUAUUUUCUAAUCAUCAUGACAAGGCGUUGGCUUA